UAACAGAUGGACCAGCCCGUCCGAAACUUGACACAUGGCCAUUUAAAUCGACAACUUGCGCGAAAAAAGCAAAGAAAAACGAACAAAACGUUCUGAAACAAAUAAAGCGUUAAGAAAUUUAAAGUGCACAAAGCGACUCCAACGCGUAAUGCGAAUACUUUGGAGUGUAAACAUUUGUUAAAGUGAAAUCCUCGCACACGAUGGCACAAACGGUGACGGUGGGUGGGAAAGAUCAAUCCAUGCUAAGCGAGCAUCACACAACGCCGAAGAAAAAAGUAACAUUGGCGCUGGCAGAAUGCGGUAGCGGCAACGCAAUCUCGAAUGAAGAUGAUUCCAUUUUUCGUACGUUAGAGAACUUUACCGCACAGAAUGGCACAACGAGUCCGAAGCUUCCCACCAUUAAGGACUUCAGCAUAUUGAAACCGAUCAGCCGCGGUGCUUUCGGCAAAGUGUUUCUAGGGUACAAAAAGAGUGACCAAAACAAACUGUACGCUAUCAAGGUGAUGCAGAAAACGGAAAUGAUCAACAAAAACAUGGUCUCGCAGGUGAUAACGGAACGGAACGCUUUGGCACUUUCGCGUAGCCCGUACUGUGUGACGCUCUACUAUUCGCUGCAAACGCUUUCCUCGGUGUACCUCGUGAUGGAAUACAUGGUAGGCGGUGAUCUGAAGUCGUUGCUGGCCAUGUACGGGUUUUUCGAUGAAUCUACGGCACGGUUCUAUGCGGCCGAAAUCUGUCUCGCGCUGCAGUACCUGCACGGGCAUGGUAUCGUUCAUCGGGAUAUAAAACCGGACAAUAUGCUGGUGGCGGCUUCCGGGCACGUUAAGCUGACCGAUUUCGGAUUAAGCCGUAUCGAAAUGCGAAGAGAUUUGGAAAUAUCCGACCUCAUUAACUGUUCACCGAAUCUGAACGCACGAACACCGGGCCAGCUGCUGUCGCUCACUUCACAUCUGUCCUUUGGUUCACACGACAAACGUAUUGUGGCGGAUGCGGCUGCAGCCGGGGCUUCUUCUGCCAAUCUGCCAAUACGAGAGGAAGUUUCCGACCAUGAGUCGGACAGCUCGUUCGGCCAGUCGAGACAACAGAACGAUAGCAAAAUGUCGGGCGUGAGUCCGUUUUUUUCCGCCGAGCAGAAUGUGAGCACCACGACCGAAGAUAUAAAAGCGGUUCCAUCGGAGGUUACGAUUGUGGAGGAAAAGUUCGACUCGUCUUUGUACUAUACGUGUAACUCUAGUGAAGAAGGAAAAUCGAGCUCAGACGGUAGCUGUGAGUCGGUGAAGGAAGUUCGGCUACGAAUGGAACCGGUGGCAGGACGAGCGCAGGAGAAAGAAAACAUCGACAGCACGAACAGCGGCGAGGAGAAAACCAGACUGAAAGAUCCGUUCGAAUGUUUGAUGGUGCCGAAAAAGAUACAUCCAAAUUACACGGAAGAUUCUGGCGUUUCGAGUAGAAAGAGUGAUAUGUCCAACAUACCGUGCGAGUUGUCGGCCAUCGAAAAGGUGGAAAACAAUUCGAACAACAGUAACAAGGACUUUAGUUCGGACUUUUCGCGAAGUUACAGCAUGAGCAACAUAACCGAAAUCUCGCACUCUCCCGUGCGGAAUGGUAUGCGCGGAUUCAAAAGGCCAGAUUUUCUUAGGGGCGUAAAAAGAGGCCGGCAUUUAGUGAAUCGGGUGGAUUCUUUAGUCUCAGAUGUCGAUGGUACCAGCACGGGACUGACGCAGGAGAUCGAUGUGCUAGACAUCUGUGGUGAGAUGCACCGAAGCACACCGAAAAAACGCAAAGCAGCCUCCCCGAUCAAGGGUGUCCUCAAGGUGCGAUCACUUUCCGACGAUGAGAUGCAAACGGGGGAGAACUUGAUCGCGAACGUAAUGUUCUCGACGCCCGUCUCGUCGCAAAAGAUACGCCGCGAAGGUGGGCAGCUGGGUAAACUGAAAAGCACACGCUUUCAGCUGCCAUCCUCGAUCGAUCAGUCGCGCAAGGUUAAAGCGUACAGCGAGGCACUUCCGCCGCAUUUCAUAAAAAUGCCAGACGAAUCGGUAAUGUCACCAAUCUGCACCAACAACACGGGUACGGGCGGAUGCGAUAGUACAACCGGUGCCGAUGUCGGUGGGCCAGUGAUCGAGAAUACGCCGAAAGCCGUCAAAACACCGUUCCGCACACCGAAAUCGGUGCGUAGGGCACCGCUAGGAUCGGACGAGCGUAUACUCGGCACACCGGACUAUCUGGCACCGGAGUUAUUGUUGCAGCAGGGACACGGCCCAGCAGUGGAUUGGUGGGCGCUGGGUGUUUGUCUGUACGAAUUUCUCACCGGUGUUCCGCCGUUCAACGAUGAGACACCGCAGAAAGUAUUCGAAAACAUUCUCGGGCGGCUCAUCGAAUGGCCCACGGGCGAAGAGUCCCUUUCGCCGGAUGCGGUAGAAGCGGUAGAACAGUUGCUAGAGAUGGAACAAACGAAACGGCCGGCGGCGGAACAGAUGCAAAGGAUGACUUUUUUCUCGUGCAUCGAUUGGAAGAACAUGAGCCUGUUGGAGCCACCGUUCAUUCCUAAUCCGGAUGAUCCGCAGGAUACUGGCUAUUUCGAGGCACGCAAUAUCAUGCAGCACUUGAAGCUGUCCAACUUUAAUCUGGACGCUUAUUAGCGAACGCAUGUUUC